AUGGAUGGUGGGGGCAUCAAGGACGGGGGGGCUGAUGGCUGCGUACGGGAGGGAGGAGAUGGUGUUGCUGAUGAUGCCAUUGCAUUAACAAGAGGCGUUGGCUCAUUAAGCCGCAAUAGCGGCACCGAGGGACCACAACAAGGAAACGGUGGGGCAUCCCCUUCCCCUUUUCCACUGCCGAACACCUUGAAGACGCCGGUGCCGAGGAGCGCUGGCUGCAGCAAGUGCAUCUGCUGCACCCACAACUGGAGGAGAUUGGUGACAACGCCGAUAGAGCUAUUUCCGCCUCCCCUGAGUCAGCUAGAGGGCAGGAUGACCGCCUUGGGCGUGAGGCAGCGUCCCAGUUACCGCGGGAACAGCUCUGUCAACAAGAUGAGGCUGCACGAAGUCACGUAG